UGUCAGUUUAAAAAAUAAUGGACAGCGCGAAGAGUCCGAGUUCUCUUUAUGAAUUAUGCUUAGAAAAAUAUGUAUCAAAUUUGAGUAAAAGUGUCGUGUCACUGCAGAAAAUAAAUGCCCUGCGUACGCUGCCACCGGUCAUCCUGGCCGAGAUCUACUAUGCCAUCUCCCAGAAGGCUGAUCUCUGUGAGACACUCCUGGAGGAAUUAUCAGAUCUGACUGUCUUUGCGAAGCUCCUGCGCUUUGGGUCGGCACGUCAGAAGCUCCUGCGUUGCUUUGCGAGUCUCGUAAAGCAGAAACUUCCCAUUGUGUCGUGCCUCACGAAGCGCUAUGUGGACUACAUUGAGUACCGGAAGUGGUACAAGCAGGGUAGUGAUAGCAAGUCCACGGAUAACUACCCGGAAGAGGAUGAGGACAGUGUGAGUCGUAGCAAGGCAAGGAGGCAGGAUGUGGAUUUGGGCUUGCGCCUGGGUACCUUUCUGUCUGAAGCAGGAUGGCUGGCUGAGAGUAUUGAGGUGCUGUCGAAUGUCCUGCGUGUGGUGCGAAACAUUUCCAGAGAUGAGCGGAAUACGGAGAAUCUUCUCACGGAACUCGACUGCCUACAGAGAUUGCUCUAUGCUCAGGCGAAUUUCUGCCUCUUCCGCGAUGCCGACACCACGUACCGGGCCAUUGUGAUGCUCAUUGAUCUCGUGGGCACUGACAAUAUCCCCAAGAGCCUCCUGGCGAAUCUCUAUCUGCAGAUUUCGGUGCUGUUCUUUGCACGCAGUGAGUACGAUCAGAGCUACCAUUGGAGCAUACGGGCACUCACGAAUGUGGCACAAGAGAACAUCCCGGACAAGGUGGUGAUUGACGUCCUCCUCCAGGCGGCCAAAUCGUGCGUCGUGAAGCGUCACUUCAAGAAGGCUAAUCUCCUCAUAACGAUGGCACUCACGAAAACACGCAACAUCUACGGGCAGCAUCAUCAAAAGUACGCAGAUGCCCUCCUAGAUUACGGCUUCUACCUCCUGAAUGUGGACGCCAUCACGUCCAGCGUGGAAGUAUACAUGGAGGCAUUGGAAAUAAAGACAGACAUCUUCGGCAAUAUGAAUCUCCUGGUGGCUGUGGCACACGAAGAUCUCGCCUAUGCACUCUACGUGCGUGAAUACAGCUCCGGGAAAUUCACAACGGCACGCAAUCACGUCGAGAGCUCCAUAAACAUCAUGAAGAAUCUCGUGCCGACGAAUCAUCUCAUGCUAGCCUCAGCUAAACGUGUCAAAGCCCUCAUCCUCGAGGAAGUUGCCCUAGACAAUAUGAUGCUUCACUCGGGGAAUGAUCAUCAGGAGCUUCUGCAGCAAUCGGAGAUGCUGCAUAAGUCAGCCCUUGAGCUGUCACUCGAAGCUUUUGGGGAGAUAAAUGUGCAAACGGCAAAACACUACGGGAACUUGGGGAGGCUCUAUCAGAGUAUGAAUAAAUUUGAGGAUGCCGAGAAGAUGCACCAGAGAGCCAUUAAAAUCAAGACAGACCUCCUAGGGGCCUACGACUACGAGGUGGGACUCUCAAUUGGGCAUUUGGCGUCACUCUACAACUACCACAUGCAGAAACACCUCGAAGCGGAGGCGCUCUAUCUCAAAAGCAUUGAAAUUAGUCUGCGCUUGUUUGGGGAUUCGUAUUCGGGCCUUGAAUACGAUUACCGUGGAUUGUGUCAUGUUUAUGAAUCUCUAGCCAACACAGACAAAUACUUGGAAUACUCGAGGAUCCUCGAUACAUGGCGAAUCCUGCGGCAGGAGAAUGAUGAUGGAAAUAAAUCGGUGUUUGUUGAACUUCGGGAGGACACAACAAUGGAGGAAGUCACGAAGAAAUUCUUCGAGAUGUGUUCAGAACCUAGCAAUGAAGUUAUAGCGACAAACACCACGUGAUUCCCCUAAGUGGGCAAGUCUUUGAAAUGAAAAAGAAAAAAAUCCAAUAAUCAGUUAUACUGGUAAAAAAAAUUAUUGUGCAAGCCCAACAAUGGGAGGUGAGGGGAGCUAAUUAAAUAUGGUUGUGAAGUUAAUUUGAAAAUUUUAAUGAAAUUUCAAAUUCUCAAAAAAAAAAAUUAAGAAAUAAUUUUUUUAUCGGUUUUUGAUUUGAAUAAAUUCAUUCAGAUUCAUUUAGGCUUUUGAAAAUUUUUCAAUUUCAUUAAAAUUUCACGAAGUUUUCAAGAAUGUUUAAAGAUUCCUAAAAAAUAUCUUUGAAUUUUAAAAAAUUCUCAGAAAUUUAAAAGAAUUCACAAAAACAAAUAUUUCUUUAUUUAUUUCAACCAUAUUCAAUAGCUCCCCUUUACGUUAUUAUUCAUUAUUUCCCCGCGAAAGAAUUAUAUUUUUAUUUCAUCUAUGAAAAAUAUAUAAUUUUGUAA